AUCUUAUUUUAAGAUGGUCUUUAGCAGUGCUAGACGGGCGUCAAGUUCAAUACUCUUCGCUUCAAUGAGCACGCGCACUGCGUGCAUUACAGGAAUAUGCCUUCGCGGCAAACGUCGACCAACAAGGCAGAUUUUUUAUUCAGCUACACGAUCGAGGGAAUGACAGUUGGAGCAGUGCUCGUAUUUUUGGGUCUCCUUGGGCCGUCGGUGGGAUACAAAAGUAAAGGAACACUUCUUUAUCGAUGCGAAGACAAGGAGAGAGGAGUGAUGCCAUCUGGGUAUAACGAGACAACGAUGGUUGAAAUAAAGACGGAAUGCAUUUACUGGUGCAAAUUACGUGCUAAUGAUCCAAUUUGGUAUUAUGGACACAUAACUGAUGGCGAAGAGUGUAAAAAACGCAAAAAGCCGGGACGAUGCAGACAGGGCUAUUGCAUUACCGGCGAACAUUCGAGCACGAGACCUGAUGAUAGCACCAAUCAUGAACUCACAACGCCAAGAAGGCCUGUUACUCUCCUGCCCUCCACUCCGGUUGUCAACCAUGGAUCAGACGAAAGUGGAAGGCCUGUUACCCUCGUGCCCUCCGCUCCGGUUCUCAACCAUGGAUCAGACGAAAGUGGAAGGCCUGUUACCCUCGUGCCCUCCGCUCCGGUUCUCAACCAUGGAUCAGACGAAAGUGGAAGUCCUGUUACCCUCGUGCCCUCCACUCCGGUUCUCAACCAUGCAUCAGACGAAAGUGGAAGGCCUGUUACCCUUGUGCCCUCCACUACGGUUCUCAACCAUGCAUCAGACGAAAGUGACAAUACCGUCCAGAUCACCUCGUUGGCAACUCCAUCUAGCGCUGCGGCCUCUCUUCAGUAAAAAGCUCAGUCUGGAUGAAAUAUACGCUGAGCUAACGAUAUAUGAAAUGAAUUAAAAUAAUACCGCCUCUAUAUUUGCUGCAGCAGAACCGACGAACCCGCAAUCCUCCGUCUUCUUAGGAAAACGAUUAAAACCCUGGUGGGCGAAUGAAUGUA